AUGUUCUUUCCUCAGGUUGACCUUGAAAUAAUAUAUCAGCGGACUGGCGGCAUCUCGGGUGUGAAGAUAACGGCGGUUAUUCAGUCUGUUUUAGACACUUUUUAUCAGAAGUUUAGCGUCCGGUUUACUCAGGUUUCUGGAAACACCUCAGAAGCAGCCCUUGGUAUACCGCGGAGCGGGAACCCAGGUUAUAAUAUUGGAGCCCCUGUGCUCGCAGGUAGCACAAACUACACAAAAAUGGGCUUCCAAGAACUGGAUUUACCAGCCGUCGAGACUAUCGUCCCCACUCCGGAUGGAGUAAGUCUGGCGUCAAAAUAUGGCGUGUGGUCUAUUCCUGUUGGCGGAGUCUGUGAUAUCCUCACCAGUGGUGGUCCCAGCGCAACGAGAUUUCAACCAAUUAGAUUCGGUCUCGAUGUUUACACUGGGUGCCGAUUCAAAGUCAGCCAGGCCUUCUUCGAUGAUUUUCUCGGCGGAGGCGUAUCUCGUUCGGAACAGUGCUCCUUACUACAGCAAUACGUGAUCACCUUCCUGACUACAGCAGUUGGCUCCUCGGGUAAAUCUCCGCUGCCAGAUCGGGUUGCAAUCUGGCCAGCCUCACAAACCAAUGUCUCCUCCGGUUGGGGCCUUCGGCUAGCUGCAGAACUCCAUCUGGAACGACUGCGGCAUCCUCUUUAA